AUGUCUAGUCAAGCUGGUAAAAUGGUCACCGUAGGGUCUAUACACGGCCAACCCACCGACGUCGAGAUAAGCAGUCGAGCGCAGGCACUGUGCCAAUUUCUCCGGGAUCUACCGUCUGGUUCAGCGUUGCCAGAUGUUCGUAUCGCAUCAUUGCGCAUUGUGCUGGCAUAUCUAGAUGGCGACGAAGCCUUGACAGGACUCAUGACCUCAACACACGACACAGCUUUGCUACUCCUCUUUGCACAAACAUGGGCACUCGCUGCGCGACUCGGUCUUCCUACCGUCCAGAACAAGCUUACAUCGGCUAUGCAAGAUGUCUACGAUGUCAGUCUUGACGACCACACAGUCUAUCCCGCGGACGAAUUCCUACUCAAGGCCUUCAACCACUUAGUCCAGGAAGCUGGUGAAGACAGCCACGCCGAGUCGUUCUUGAUAUGCUUCGUGGCCAGAACUACACCCACAACGUCCGAGUUGGAGAAACAGCUUAAUGCCAAUGGCUUCGCCGAAAACAUUCGAGGCAGUCUUCUGGCUGAGGCGAGAUCAUUCGACCGUGAUCCCAUCGAGCAGACGCCGCAACGGUUCCGCGUUGACACAUCGCAUCCACCGUCGUACCAGCCACUCGAUGCGCGCUCCGCAUAUGUGCCUGUCUUCGUAUCCAGACGCACUCCAGUGUCAGCAAUGCAUGAAAAACAAAGUUGCCGUCCCUUCCAACCUGCGGACUCGCAUUUGUCUUGCCAGACUUUUCUCUUGCCACCUGCGAUGUCACCUCCUCCCACAUAUGACAACAUGUUCAAUUACAGUGCCGUCCUGCCACACAUGAAAGAUGUGCCUGUCAGCCAUGGCGAUUCCGCUUUUCCAUGGACAUUUCCUGCUGGCAGAGAUCCAUUGCAUCCUCCUGUACCCACUAUGACCGAUCAUUUUGCAAUGCCAAUUCAGGAUGUUCCAUCAGGUCCACCUCUUAUUCGGAUUGCCGAUGCUGCUGCAACCGCAGCUCAAAAUCGCGGCUUAGGGCUGGAUAAUGGAGCACAAACCACAGCUUCGAAUGCGGCUGCGGCACCUCCAAUGGCUCCAUCGGUCCCAACACCAGACGAAGGUCCUCCAAGGAUGCCUCAAAUCGCACAGGGUGCUCGGAACAACUCACAAAAUGCGACGGUGAUGGAGCCUGGGCUUGCAAAUAACGCAUCUGUGCCAAUUGCACCCACAUUACCACCACUUGCGCCAGCAACGAGUCCAGCGGUACGGCCAGUCGAUACAGCACCGAUUCGACAACCUGUUGGGUUUAUAGAUGGCAUCGAGGCAGGAGCACGAACACUCAGUGUGCCCGCACCAAUGGCACCCGCAUCAUCAUCUCCUGCGCCAGUAUCGAUUCCAAUAGUACAGCCAGUCGAUGCAGCUCCAACUCAGCAGCCUGGUAUGUCUCCAGAUGAAAGCGAAGCCGUCUCAAGACCAGAGACCGAUACACAUGCUCCACAGAAAAUCCUGCAUUGUUGCGAAUUCCGUCCAGUGAAGCAGCGAAACUGGGUGUCGCGCAUCUUGCACGGCUGGCGAUGCCCUGGUGUCCCAUGCCCUCAGCAUGAGUGUGAGAAUCGUCCACCAGCAAUCAACCAGAUCACAAGAAGUGCAGGAGCGACUAGUUGCGGAUGUCACCAUUGGAUAUUGCCGGCAGAAGGUAUCGUCUUCAGUACACAUGCUCAACGUAGCCAAGCAUCGCACCAUCAACACAGUUCCCCCAGUCCUGAGCCUCGCCGCGGCGAUGUCAAUGAACCUUCAAAAAACUCGCCCCGCCGUGGGCGUACUCGCCACACCCCUCGCAACGACACAAUCGCCAUACGCACCCCAUAUCACGAUAUCCACGUACCCAGAAGCACCCACCCAGCCCGUCGUGGCGACCGUGGACACCGCGACGAGCGCACCCACCGCGGAAGUCGGCGCCACACAUCGCGCAGCAGCAGCGACGAGACGAUCGCAUGGUGGCGCCCGAAGAAGACUGGGGAGAAGACCAAGUUCAAUCUGGUGAGCUAUGAGCGGCAUCGGUGGGAUGAGUGA